GUGGAAGAGAUCACCCGGAAGCACUUUCAUAUCGACGGUAUUACAUCCGGCAUUUAGGAGGUCACGUUACUCACGUUAUUAUGCGAAGUCCUUGGAUUAUUUUUCAUUCAUAAUACGCUAAAUGUAUUUAAAUUCGCGAAUUAUAACUCGAGUUUAAUGUAUCCGGAUAUCUUCUGGUAGUCGGGAUUCUCUGAGCCGGAAUGUCUUCGUUAUGGAGCCUGAGACCAGUGCUGACAUCACUGUUUCAAGCAUCCAUGAACACCUCUGCCUGGACAAGUCCCAUCCUCUCCAGGAUGAUGGCCACCCUGAACCAGAUGCACCGCCAGGGGAAGCCCAAGCCGGCUCCUAAAUCUGUUGGUGCCACAUUUGGCCAUCCCCAGCUGAAGGCCGUGAUCCUAAAGACCAUGAUCCGAAAGCCCAAGAAACCAAACUCCGCAAACAGGAAGUGUGCUCGUGUACGGUUGUCCAAUGGGAAGGAGGCAGUUGUGUUCAUCCCUGGGGAGGGACACAACCUGCAGGAGCAUAAUGUGGUGCUGGUGGAGGGCGGGAGGACCCAGGACCUGCCUGGAGUCAAGCUCAAAGUUGUCCGAGGGAAAUAUGACUGCGCUCAUGUAGUGAAGAAGAAACAGUAGACUGAGAGAAGAACGCUGGUGCUGGUGUGAUGGAAACUUGUGAUUGUCACUUGUUUAAUAAAGACAUACUCUUAAUUACA